ACGGCCCGCCGUCCCUCGCGGGGCCCUGACUCUCCUUCCUCGCCGUCCCCGGGAACCUGGCGCCGGGCUUGGCCCUCACCUCCGGGACUCGGUGGGGGGCGCGACUGAGCUAUUCCUUGCUGCUCGGAACACUUUAAGAAAAUAAGGCCUCUCAUGACAUCUGCCUGCUGUCCAUAAAGUACUCAUUCCCCUCUUAACCCUGCCUGCAGUUGAGCACAAAGACCUGGAGGAGAGACUCCCACAGGCUUCAGGGAGAAAGAAGAAAGGAGGCAGCGACGCCGCAGAUCCAGAGGAACUUGUGGCGUGUGGCCUUUUGGUGCCAAGGGCCGGCUGGAAGGAGAAGGGGCCGAGGGGGCGUGUAUCGAAGCCACAGAGGCGGUUCGUGCGCUGUGAGAUGAGCCGCUGCUGCUGCUGCUGACAGCUGCCGACAGCGGUUCCACGAUCCCCCUGCUGCCCUUAGGUGCUUCAUGUACAUGUGUCUAUUCAGGCCGGCUCGAGGCGCCCAGAAGAGCAUCCACCACGGCUGCCGGGGAAAGACCGCCCACCAUGCCCACCGAGACGCUACAGACAGGUAGCAUGGUGAAGCCGGUCAGCCCCGCGGGCACCUUCACCUCGGCCGUCCCCCUGCGCAUCCUCAACAAAGGACCAGACUACUUCCGCAGGCAGGCUGAGCCCAACCCCAAGAGGCUGAGCGCCGUGGAGAGGCUGGAAGCCGACAAGGCCAAGUAUGUCAAGAGCCAGGAGGUGAUCAAUGCCAAGCAGGAGCCCGUGAAGCCCUCCGUGUUGGCUAAGCCGCCUGUGUGCCCAGGUGCCAAGCGCGCACUGGGCAGCCCCACGCUCAAGGUGUUCGGGAACCAUGCCAAGACCGAGAGUGGCAUGCAACGGGAGACGCUCAAGCUGGAGAUCUUGAAGAACAUCAUCAACAGCUCCGAGGGCUCCAGCUCGGGCUCAGGCCACAAACACAGCUCCCGCAACUGGCCACCGCACCGAUCGGAUGCCAGUGACCUGCACCGCCACUCCUUCGCCGAGUCCCUGAAGGUUUACCCCACGCCAGGCCGGGGCAGUCCCCAAGAAAGCAGCUCCCAUGUGAGCAGGAGGCUCCUGGAGCAAUCGGCCGAGUCCUUCCUGCAUGUCUCCCACAGCUCCUCGGACAUCCGCAAGGUGACCAGCGUGAAGCCCCUCAAAGCGAUCCCUUGCAGCAGCUCUGCCCCUCCCCUGCCCCCCAAGCCCAAGGCCGCCGCCCCCAUGAAGUCCCCUGAAGCUGACCCCCCUGUGGAGCCAGCUUGUGGUGUCAGCCGAAGGCCCUCCCUCCAGCGGUCCAAGUCAGACUUGAGUGACAGAUAUUUCCGUGUGGAUGCGGAUGUGGAGAGGUUUUUCAACUACUGUGGACUGGACCCAGAAGAGCUGGAAAACCUUGGCAUGGAAAACUUUGCCAGGGCUAAUUCUGACAUCAUCUCCCUCAACUUCCGCAGCGCCAGCAUGAUCAGCUCAGACUGUGAACAGUCUCAGGACAGUAACAGUGACCUUAGAAAUGAUGACAGUGCCAAUGACCGCGUGCCAUAUGGCAUCUCCGCCAUCGAAAGAAAUGCUAGGAUCAUCAAGUGGUUAUAUAGCAUCAAACAAGCUAGAGAGUCACAGAAGGUGUCCCACGUGUAAGAGAUACACGUGCUGGAGAAGACGGGGAGGGGCGGGUCUGUCUGUGCAUAUGCAGUCGUGAAGGUUGUGAGGUCUCUUUUGAAGUGUUGUGAGCUUUUCCACUCUUUGUGUUGCUCUGUUGUGCAAUGUUUUCAAGUUGCAUGCCUGUCAACAUGGCGCCAAGUCUGGCUUCCCCUUCACAUCUCUGCAGAGCCUGGCUGAACACACUUACCUGCCAAAAGUUUCAGGCCAGAAUCUAAAUUAGGGCUUUGCUCUUAGACAAAACUGUUUACAAGGGAAAAACAGAAACAAAACAGAAAUGGUAUACAAUUUCUUCAAUAUUUAUGUGGUUCUUGUGUUUUUAUAUCCCUCGCUAUUGUGUCUUAAUUAAAAGUUAUAUCAACUGGUCUUCAAGUUGAGAGCAGAAUCUUUUUGAAAUAAAAAGCCACUUUGCCUACAUGUGAGAGACCAUAAAAAGGGGGGAAAAACAAAUAGGAUUUGCUAUCAUGAAUAGUAACUGACCGGAUGUAGGACCAGGCUGGGUUUUCUGUGGAAUAAAGUUGUGAGCCUGAUAUUAGUCAUUUUCAUGUUGAGAUCUUCUUGCCACUUACUAGAGCCUCGUUGGGGCAGCAGUACUAAGUCCUGUGUCCAAUUCAGUGUGUAUAUGUUGGUGUUUCUGUGUAAUAUCCCAACCAAGGAAAGACAAUCAGAAACAACCAAGGUUGAUUAAAUCUAGGAGGUUGAAUAUUUGGGAAUUUUGUUGUUGUUUGGAAUGGAGUAAUUCAAAAGUUCUUAACAUUAAUGUUUUUGAAAGGAAUGGCUUACCCUAAAGCAGAUUCUAUUGCCUUUAAAAAAACAAACAAACAAAAAAAGCAAAGUUGUAUAUUUAGUUUGGAGAGAUUUUGUUGUUGUUCCUUUGUUUUUGUUGUUAUGUUUUUAGGCAAGAACUACUUUGUACUGUUUUUUUCUUCACUCCCUUUGUUGUCGUUCUAUUUGGGGGACUGGAGUGGGACUUGCAUAGAUUUGAGCUAUCUGAAGUCAUGAACAAAAAUGGAAAUACCAGCCAUAUCAGUAUAGAGCCUCCCAUUCAAAAAUGAAUCAUCUCUGAGCAGUGUAAUUCUGUUGUCUUGCAUAUGUUGUUCUCUCAGGCUGUGGGCAUUUGUUAAAGCUCUAGGAAAUUGUAGAAACACUGUAGCUUUUCAACUCUGUAGUCUCUAAGCUGCCUAUCACCUUUGUCUUUGCCCUGCCCUUCCCCUACCUGUCUUCCAGGUGGUUGGUUAGCUGUCAGCCAGCUGACACUAGGGCAUUGCACAGGGGUCUGCUUCAUUGUUUUCAUGCUCAGAAGUUUCCAGCAGCAGCACCUUAGGCUUCAUCAGCUAAUAGGAAACUUUUUAUGGUGUAAAAUGCUUACGACUUUGUACAUACUUGCGUUGUUAUGGAAUCUUUAAGAAAAAAGAAAACAAGAAAAAGUUAUGCUAAUAAAUAGCUCUGGUGCAGG